AUGGCCCCGACCCAUCUCCCCCCGCCCCUCAGCCCUACUCCCUCUCUCUAUGCUGCCGCGGAGAACGGCACCUCAACUUCCACCGGCCCCCUUUCCCCCGGCUUACGACGGACGCCAUCCCCUUCCCCGACGCGUUCACGUUUCGGGCAUGAAGACGGCAGGGGCGGCGAGCAUGGGAUACAUAUGGAACGGUCCUCGUCUGGCAUGAACCGAGGAGGACGCGGGGAAGCGUUUGGGUGGAGUGUCUUGACGCCGCAGAGGAUCGGGAGGGCAAUCGGGGCGAGAUUCAUGAGGGCUGUCAAGAGAGGGAAUCUGCCUUUCCUUAUCGUCUUCUUUUCGUGUACGAUUGUCUUCUUUUCAGCACUCGCGGGCAUAGGGUAUGUCGAACCUGCCCCAUCCGACGCAUUGGAUAUCGUCGCAGCAGCACCCUCGUCAGGAGCAGAAGUACCCGAAUAUAAAUUCGGCGGGCCCGUAUUUGACCCUGUAAACGACCGGCAACGAUUAGAGAGGAAGAUGGCUGAGCAGAGAGCUCUGGAGGAAGCUUGGGCGAGGAAGAAGAGGCCAAAGGAUGGCGCGUGGAUGAGAAAGCAAAGAGACGACAAGGCGGUCAGACGCGUUCCUGCACCAACAUUAACAAAGGCCGCAGAGGCGCUUGAGACGCUCGUUGCAGAGAUUGCGGAUACAGGGGUUGAUGGGGCUGAGGGAAUUGACCUUAGAAAAGAAGAGGCGAAGAAGGCCUGA